AUUUAUAGAACAUUAUGAUCCAAAAGAGUAUGAUCCUUUUUAUAUGACUAAAGAGGAUCCCAGUUUUCUGAAGGUCACCAUCCCACCACUUCGUGACCCUUUGAAAAAGGUACAAUUUGACAAGGAUGAUGAAAAAAGAACUCUUCUUCAGUGUGAGAAUGGCAAAAUAUAUACAAUGAAAGAAUUUAAAGAGGUUGAGAAGGCCAGACUGCUUUCCAGAUUCCCGAGAAUUUCUAAUUCAAGGCAAUUUAUGACUCCGAAUGAGUGGCUUAAAGUGCCUAAAUGCUACAUAGAAAGUGAAUUUUGUAAAAGGAGCAGGUUAAAAGUGAAAGUGAAUUUUAACGAGUGUAGCUUUGAUGUGGAACCCUCAGUGAGAGCACCUCAUCUUUUGGCAUCUCAGGAAGAAGAAAAAGCUAUUGUUUAUGGAAAUAAAGGGUCAUCUUUUUUGGAAAAAGAACCUCUAUGCUAUCAGGAGGGAAAGAACCCAAGUCCCAAGGAGGCCAACUCUGAAGGGCACUUUUCUUCCCUGAGCCUCAGCCUGGAGGUGGAAAGGGAUGAGGACCAGGAUGCGAAGCUUUUAACAACCAAGGAGCACAUACCCUAACCCUCCUGGUAAAAGAGGACAUAAAAGGAGACUGCUUCAGAGGAAGCCACCCCUCAGCAGCAAUCAUUCAGGGUGAGGACCAAGGAAGGCACUCAAGAAUUGUACUAUGUCUAAGAAAGAAUCUGUAAUAAAUUUCACUUUUGAGUUCAGUAUCAGUAUGAUAAUUAAGAAGUAACAAUAUCAUGUAUUAAUACUUAUUACAAAUUAU